GUGCGCGCAGCGCUGUAAAGAGGACUGCAGAAGACUUUGACCAGCAGCAGGGAGCGCCACGUCGGACUGCAUUUUUACAUCUUUUCAACAACAAACUUUGGAGUUCUGCAUCAAACCUGAAACUUGUGAGCUCCAAGGGCGAAGUGUCGGGUCAGCAUGGCGUCUCUGAUGAACUGCGCGUGCCUCCUCUUCUUGCCUGUUGCUCUGCUUCUCAUGUUGAGCCCAUGUCCUGUUGCUGCAGCGUCACCCAGAAGGUGCCACUCCAUCUACAAAGGUUUCGCUCACUGCCUGAUGGCUCUGGGCGACAGUCUGACAGACACAGCCCGCAAGGAUGAGGAUACACAUGAGAUACACUCCAUCUGCAGGUCUUGGGAUGAGUUCCACGACUGUGCUAAUGUGGCCAUGGCCGGCUGUCCAGAGGAAGCGGCGGCCAUCUGGGAGUCUCUCCGGCAGGAAUCCAAGAAGAUGCAGUUCUCUGGAAAUCUUUAUGACAUGUGCUCCAACCGCAACAGCCAUCCGGCUGGCUCCAUCUCCCCCGACGGGUCCAUGAACAAGGAGGAAAUCAACCAGGAGUCUCUAAGAGGGCACACCGAUCAUCUGGCAGGCUGCCUCCACCUUCUUGUUCUGCUGUCUUCUCUGCUGCUACUGUUGGUUUGGAUAUAGUAACCCUGAAGAAAUGGGACUAGUGUAAAUAGUUAUAAACUUUGUGUAUUUUUUUUUUCAUGAGUCCAUACUUUCCACUGCUUCUUCCUCUGCUCUGCCAGAGGUUGAAAAUUUCUAUCUGCAUGCUCAAAGGCCCGAAAGUCGCUUUGAUAUCAUAUCUCUAAUCUACUGCGCUGUUUCAUACAUAUUCUCUGACUUUUAAUUAGUUUCUCUGUUGAAAACUCACUCAACAUUCAAAGACACAUAACUUUGAGAAAACCAAAACUGCAAACAUACACAUAUUUUAAGAGAUGGACACAGGAGUCCUGUGUGUUUUGUCUGUAUCCCAUAUCCUCCUGAAUCUUGUAAUUAUGAGCUUGCAUGCGACAAUGCAUCAGGAGUCCAUCUUCCUGACUGUAUGACAAAGGAAAAAAAAUAAUGACAAGCCAAAACCUAAAGAUCCACUUAAAGGUUUCAUAUCAAGAAAUUCUUCUUUGCUAGUUGACUUAGUGCUGUGUUACAUCUGUAGUUUGAUGAUUCAUUUUUUUUUUUGUUUUACUUUACUUACAGUCUUUGAACACUGGUAAUCUUGAAAUAGUCAUUUUCAGCUUUAAAAUAAAUUGACAUAAGAAAAUAUUAACAAAAGCACAAUGUCAGCAACAUCUUUUACAUUCGUUCACAAAGAUGAACAACUGCUGAACCUGAUGGUCCAGUUAAGAGAUUCUAAAGCCUCUCUGCCAAAGAGGAUGCAAUGAGCAAGGUGACGUGGCUGAAAGGACACUUGAUAAAAUUCAAAUGAAACACAGUGUGUGAAUAAGAAAAUUAGAUCAUUUUCUUAUUUUCUGUAUGAUUUUGAAACAUUUAUCUCAUCCCCCAGAUCUGAUGUUUUGUUGCACUUUUUUAAAUCAACAAAGUUAGUUUAAUUCUAGGUUCCACUUUAUCUCACCUGGUUUUACUUUCAUCAGUGUGACAGUUUAGAUAGCCAAAUGUACAAACUGUAACAGCUGCUGGGAUAGGCUCCAGUUUCCUGUGACCCUGUUUUGGAAUAAUUGGGGAUAAAAAUGGAUGGAAAAUGCAAAGAUGGUACAGUUCUAGCAUGCAUUUUUAAUCCAUCUAUGGCCAAAGCCCCAACAAACA